AUGGACCCAGACAUGGCCCUCUGCAGCAGCCUGUCCUCGGAGGUCACCAUGGCCCCAGCUGGCAGUGCAGGCCCCCCAGAGCAGUAUGGCACAGCUGUAGCAUGGCUCUUGGACCUCAACAUGGCCUCAGGAGGACGAGUCGGCACGGCUGUCCUGAGCGCCGUGUUGGGUUCGUCCAGCGUCACCGCCAUGAAGAAGGUGGUUCAGCAGCUCCGGCUGGAGGCCGGGCUCAACCGCGUGAAGGUUUCCCAGGCAGCUGCAGACUUGAAACAGUUUUGUCUGCAGAAUGCUCAACAUGACCCUCUGCUAACUGGAGUGUCUUCAAGUACAAAUCCCUUCAGACCCCAGAAAGUCUGGUCCUUUUUGUAGUCAUGUAUCUUGAGGUUUCUCCAACCACUUUUCAUGAACCAGUGGAUAUUCAAGAGAACUAAAUUUGGAGUCUGUACAAAAGCUUCUCUAUAACGCGUGCCAUAAUAUACAAUCUUCUACUUGUCAGAU